AUGCUAUGGAGCCGACUUGCGCAGCCCGCAAGGUCCUAUGCCCGACAUGGCCUGCCGAGGCCACUCAGAUUUAACAAUCGCGUUGUGGUGCAUACACCCAAGCGGUUCAACUCUUCCCCCCAAGGCACUGGGCAAAUGACGCCAGACCCCACCGACCAGAAUGACUCGGAUGAGGGCAGCGGAAAAGGUGGCCGUAAUGGCGAUUCAGACCCCAACUUGAAGUCUACGAUUCUCAAGAUGCUUGAAACUGCUGCAACAACAGCAGCAUCAAUUGCUGUCCUAGGUGCGGCUGGAUACUGGUACCACCAGUACUACAAGUAUUUGAUCUUGGACAAGAUGGACAAUGCGUUUUCCCCAGGUGACCCUGCGCUCGAAAUUGCCGGUGUUGAAUAUGGAAAGCAUCAAUAUAACCAUGAGGAACACUGGGUCGUUCGCAGCGAGCAGUCCAAGGUUGAUGAUAUCAUAGCUGGGCGACAGAAGGGUCACUACUAUUUAAUGAUUGGCGAAAAAGGCACGGGGAAGACCUCAAUGUUGCUGGAGGCCAUGCGAAAGAUCAAUGGAAACAGCUGUGCCAUGUUUGAAGCGCACGCCGACCUUGAGAUCUUCCGGAUUCGACUGGGCAAAGCUUUGGACUUCGAGUUCCAUGAAGACUAUAUUGGCAGCCUUUUCAGCAUUCGAGGACCAAGGGACACCACGGCGCUCUUGGACAUUGAGCGCGCUUUCAACAAGCUUGAGAAAGUGGCGCUCACCAGAAGGCGCAAUGGCUCCGGUCCUUUGGUCUUGAUCAUCAAUAGCACGCAUCUGGUUAGAGAUGAUCAUGAUGGACAGGAUUUACUUGAGAUGAUUCAGCAGCGCGCCGAGCAAUGGGCAGCCAGUGGGCUUGUCACAACAAUUCUUAACAGUGAUGAUUAUUGGGUAUACGAGCGCUUGAAGCGUUACGCCACCCGCAUGGAGGUCAUUCCUGUGACGGAUUUACCCAAGGACAUGGCGAUGUCUGCUUUGAAGAAAUAUCGGCAGCAGUUCCACGACGAGGUACUCCCACCUCCGAUUCUCGAGCAAGUCUACGACAAAGUUGGUGGUCGACUAUCUUUCUUGAACCGCGUGGCCAAGUCCCAGGAUCUCAUGAAAACGUGCGACGAGAUUUGCCAAGCCGAGAAAACGUGGUUCCUGAACAAGUGCUGGAUUCUCGGAAAGGAGAUGGACGACGAUGUGAUGGACGAACAGAAGUAUUCUUCUGCCGCUAUGGUUCUGGCCAAAGCGUUGGUCGAUCUGGAAAAGGAGAUGGGCUCAAACUACGACCCAGAACGGGGCCAUAUUCUACCGGAGAUCCCGCUCCACAAGGCGCGUCAGAUCAUGACCCGUGCUGAUUUCAUCCAAUCUUACGACCAUGAAAAUAUCUUCACGAUUGAUUCGCGAGCUUCGGUGCGUGCUGAUUCGGUACCUAUGCAGCGUGCUUUCCGAGAAAUCUGCUCUAUCGAGAACUUCGAUGAGUACUUGGAGGGCACUCUGGAGCGCAUUGGAGAUAUUGAGAGUCUUGGCCGCACUCGCGAGUUGACUAUCAAGGAUCUUUGGGACAGUGGUAAAUAUCGCGUCGUCGUGCGCGAUAACCGCGGACGAGAGAGUGGGACAGUCGAGUUCGCUGUGGCCCAACGUGAAGGCGAAGAUGAAGAUUAG